AUGCCGCGCCUUGGCGGCAAAGUAAGGAAAAAACAACAGAUAGAUUUCGAUGAAGACCAGUGGUCAUGCACAGUUUGCACGUACCAGAAUAAAGUUGGAGCGUACAAAUGCCAGAUCUGCGAGGCACCGCGAGGAUCAUCAACACGCAAAGGCGGCCGCAUAGCCGAGCAAAUCAUCCAGAAGCAACAGCAGACACAGCUUUUUGCUCAGUACGGUGAUGGCUCGACAUCCACCAUAGAGGCAGGGUUGAAACCCAGAGGUGGGAUGGAGGAGGUACGACGCAAAAGCAUGGUGGACAGUAAUGGUGCCAGUGGCUCACAUGUCAAUGGAAAUUUAUCUGAAGAUGAUGACGAAUCGAUAUCGGAACAGUCCUCGAUUGCUAGUGAUACAAGGCCUGCGAGUAGGCUUUCUGGUAGAAGACAGUACUCAAGAAAACCAUCUGAAAGCGAGGAAUCCGUCGAAGUAGAAUCUAAAUCGAGAGGGCCGAAAAGAAAGCCGAAAAAUGAAAAGCGAAAACGCGGGCGAAAGAAAAAGGAGGAAGAAUCCUCCGAAGAAGAGCAGAUUGUCAGGAAAACUCCCGCAAAGAGGCCUAGAGGAAGACCUAGGCAAGAGUCGUCCGAAAGUGAAGGAGAUAUUCCCGAAAGUCCGAAUACUUCUAGUUCGCAGCCAGCGAAAAAACGAUCUAAAACGCCAAAACGACAAGAAAAUGCGAUGCAAAAAAUGUUGGCGCGAAAAAUUCAUUCAAAAUUGGCUCUUCUCGGGAAGCACGAAAACAUCGACAGAUCUUCCGGCGUUGAUUUUACUGUAACUUACGGCGGCACGUCAUUUGUAGUGACUGAAUAUAAAACAAAAGUGCCUAGUCCUGAAAGUGCAGAAAAAGUCACUGUCAAAACUGAAAAUGGAGAAAGCGAAAAUAUAGCUCAUGAAAACUCGUCGAAAUCGAGUGAGAAUUCGAACGGUGUAGCGUCGCAAAAAGAUGUUAAAAGUGAAAGAGGAGAAGACGAGCCCGGCCCGUCCAGAUCCUCUGACCAACAGGCCAAUCUUGAGGACGAGGCAGCUCCGGCUGAAGUAGAUGCAAAGCAAAUCGCCUCUGUCAACGCUAAAAUUCAAAAAUUAAGUUCAAAAUUACACCAGAAGCAAAAUAAACCGCCAAGCCUUGAAGAAAAGUUCAAAAACGCAUUCAAGAACACUGAUCCAAAGAAUCCACCAAAAAUUUCCACUGAAAUGUCAAAACAACUAGAAACGACUAAAGAAGUCAAGGAGCAUUUGCAAAGAAGCAAACAAAAAUCAGAGCUCGAAACAAAGAGCGAGUCCGAUCCUGCUAAAGAUAUAUCACAAAAAGAAAAUCUACAAACUGCAAAACCACAACCAAAACCAGAUAAUUCCACGAAUGGCAAUGUCACAGUGCCUGUCUCGCCCCCGACUCCGAAAAAGGUUCCUCCUCAAAUGAUUCCAACUUCUUCUCCUUCGCAAUCGCCCGUUCAAAUUGCCCGUCAACCUCCACUGACAUCUCCAAUAAAACCACCUCAUCCACGUUACGUAACUCCAAAUCUAACCAGCCAGCCUGGCUCGUCGCCUUCCCCAGGAUGUCCAGCCAGAACAUUUCACAGCCUUCAGUUACACACCCAAGUCACACUAGCCAUCACGCUCCACCCACAAGUAGUCAACAACCACAGCCACCGAAAACACAACAGCCAAUUCGCGGGAUUCCACUAG